AUGGAGUUCGAUCUGCUUUGUUUUGAUAAUGGUUCUGUUCUCAUUAUCUUUGAUGAGGCUGAGCUUGCCACUGCAAGUGUGUUUGAGGCGAUUGAAGAAGAAGAUCAAGUGAUUGAGAAUAACGAAGGGCUUUCUCCAGCUUUGUUAAGUAGCUGCAGUGAUCGUGCAAGGGAUCUUCAUGCUUCUCCUUCAGUGGGUGCAUAUGGAGAAGCUGACGUNCUUUACAGGGCAAUGCCAGAAAUGGAUCUGACUCCAGACACGGUCACGUAUUCAACAUUGAUUGAGAGGUGUUGCAAAACAGAUCGAAACAUCAGGCUGAGUACUUUGAGGAAAAACGUAAUCUGGUAA